GGAUGGAUGAAUACAGAAAGUUUAAAUGGAAAAUUGUGCACUGUCACUUUAAAAAGCCGGCUGACACGUGUACUAUUUUUUGUCUGCAGGGAUUGGCAUUGUAUAUUGGCAUUGAAUAUCCGCCAGUAAACAUAUACUUUAGACCCGGACCCUUUAUGGGAAACCAAGCGCGUCAGUAAAUAAGUUACACCCUCAUGCCUGGUUUACACGAAGAUCGCAGCAGUUAUAGUUAAAUAGCGUUUACGGCGCUGGGUGACGUCGGCUGUUUUUUGCCGGACGUAGUCAGUAGGCGCCCUGCUUCCUGUUCCCGGUGCUGCCUGUCAUACGCCUCCCGUUCGCCUCCCGCAGGUCCGGACACUAUUUAGUUUUACGAGAUGCCGCUUAAGUUCGAGUUGUGUCCCGGCAGGAUGAUCGGGGGCAGCAACCCCUGCUUCAUCAUCGCCGAGAUCGGGCAGAACCACCAGGGGGACAUCGAGAUAGCGAAGAAAAUGAUCCGAAUGGCCAAGGACUGCGGGGCGGACUGUGCCAAAUUUCAGAAGAGUGAGCUUGACUUCAAGUUCAACAAACGCGCCUUGGAGCGUCCCUACACCUCCAAGCAUUCAUGGGGCAAGACGUACGGGGAGCACAAGCGCCACCUGGAGUUCAGCCACGAGCAGUACAGGGAGCUGCAGAAGUAUGCCGAAGAGGUUGGGAUAUUCUUCACUGCCUCGGGGAUGGAUGAGAUGGCUGUGGAAUUCCUCCACGAGCUCAACGUGCCAUUUUUCAAGGUUGGUUCAGGAGACACCAACAAUUUUGUCUACUUGGAGAAGACGGCGCAGAAAGGUCGCCCCAUGGUGGUAUCCAGCGGCAUGCAGUCCAUGGAGACCAUGCGGCGCGUUUACCAGACCGUCAAGCAGCACAACUCGAACUUCUGCAUCCUGCAGUGCACCAGCGCCUACCCACUGGAACCCGAGGACGUCAACUUGCGCGUCAUCACGGAGUACCAGAAGGAAUUUCCAGACAUCCCUAUUGGUUACUCUGGCCACGAGGGCGGGAUCAGUAUAUCGGUGGCAGCUGUAGCUCUGGGGGCCAAAGUCCUAGAGCGUCACGUGACUUUGGACAAGAGCUGGAAGGGCAACGACCACGAGGCGUCGCUGGAGCCGGCGGAGCUGGCGGAAUUGGUGCGGACCGUGCGCAUGGUGGAACGCGCCCUGGGCUCGGGCCUCAAACAGAUGCUGCCGUGCGAGAAGCCCUGCCACGACAAGCUGGGGAAGUCAGUGGUGGCCAAGGUGCCCAUCGCCAAAGGCUCGGUCCUCAGCUUGGACAUGCUGACGGUGAAGGUGGCUGAGCCCAAGGGCGUGGCGCCCGAGGACAUCUUCCAGCUGGUGGGAAAGAAGGUCACCGAGGACGUGGAGGAAGACGCCAGCGUCACUGAGGACGUGGUCGACAGCUACGGCAAGAAGAACAAGUCCUGAGCAGGUGACUGUUGGGGCCCAUGGCUGAGAUAUGACUGUCCUGCAAGGAUUCGGUCCUGGAAGAUCUCUAUUUCCAUUUCAUAACCAAGGGAGCCUUCUGAACUUCGCAGCCAAGCUGGAGAGUUAACUGAUGAAGAUUUAGCAUUAAUCACAUGAGGGUUCACAGUACUGCACUGAUUGCACUGAAUGGUUAUGGGGAUUUGUACCUUGAAAAUGAACAGCACUUGUCAGAUGAUUUCUGUAAACAUAUCGGCGCUCCAUGUGUGUACUGGGUGGUUCCAGCAAGUUCUGUUAUUACCCAGACGCUGGAGAGUUUUGCCAAAAAGGGGAAUAAAAAUCAGUUACAGAGGA